GUUCUUGCCAAAGCCAAAGGGAAAGAGAAGAGGAGAAGACUUUUGCAGAAGAGUUUGGGCAGGAAUCCUGAAACAUGGCAACUGCAGGGAAGGUAAUUAAAUGCAGAGCUGCAGUCAUCUGGGAAGCGGGCCAGAUGCCUUCUCUUGAAGAGGUAGAGGUGGCACCACCACGAACCCAUGAGAUUCGAGUGAAGAUAGUGGCCACGGGGAUCUGUCGGACAGAUGACCAUGUACGGGCAGGUGUUUUUCCUGACAUUGAUUACCCAGUUAUUGUGGGCCAUGAAGCAGCUGGUAUUGUUGAAAGUGUUGGACCAGAAGUCACCUGUGUAAAGCCAGGUGACAAAGUCAUUCCUUUAUGUGUUCCCCAGUGUGGAGAAUGCGCCUCCUGUCUGAAUCCUAAAACAAACUGUUGCCUCAAAGGCCACGUCUGUCAAUCUCAAAACCUGAUGCCGGACAAAACAAGCCGAUUUACCUGCAAAGGGAAGCAAGUUUACCACUUUCUAUGGACUAGCACUUUCUCCGAAUACACAGUUAUACCGGAGGCUUCCAUUGCAAAGAUUGACAAUGCUGCUCCUCUGGAGAAAGUCUGUCUGUUUGGUUGCGGGUUUUCUACUGGCUACGGAGCUGCCAUCAAUUCGGCCAAGGUUGAGCCUGGUUCUACCUGUGCCGUCUUUGGCUUGGGAGGCGUUGGCCUGUCUGUUGUCAUGGGCUGCAAAACAGCUGGAGCCUCCAGGAUUAUUGGGGUUGACAUCAACAAAGACAAAUUUGCUAAAGCGAAAGAGUUAGGAGCCACCGACUGCAUCUCUCCUAAUGAUUUCGACAAACCCAUUGAUAAGGUGCUUCUGGAGAUGACUGGUCUUGGAGUGGACUAUACAUUUGAGGUGAUUGGGCGUAUUGACACAGAGGUAGCUGCCCUGGCCUCUUCCCGCUUGGGUUCUGGAACUUGCGUGCUGGUAGGGGCGCCUCCUUCAGGAUCGGCGCUCACAUUCGACCCCAAACUGGUCCUCACAGGGAGGAAACUGAUAGGGUCUUUCCUUGGAGGUUGGAAGUUAAAAGAAGCUCUCCCAAAACUGGUUUCUGAUUAUAUGAACAAGAAAUGUAACCCAGAUGCUUUAAUAAGUCACACGUUGCCCUUUGAGAAGAUUGCCGAAGGCUUUGAGCUUCUGCACGCAGGAAAAAGUAUUCGCUGCGUCUUGUUGUUUUAA